UUGUUCAAACUGAAUCGCCUUUGUCGAGCCCUAAUUUGAAUUUGUGCGCCAGUCUCAAACCAGUGCAGUGAAAAUCGUGUGUAUCUGCAAUGGAGGUUCUGUAUUCGAAGCUCUACGACAAGUACACCAAACUCAAGUCUAAGAAACUCUCUGAUUUGGAUCACCUAAACAAAGAGCAAGAAGUUAAAUUCGUGAAUUACUUGUCCGCUGCGGAAGAGUUGAUUGAGCACUUGAAGAGCGAAAAGGAAGAGCUUCUUGGACAAGUCAAUGAGUUGAGAACUGAAUUGGCUUCACUUAGGGCAGCCAAGGAUAAAGAGAUUACAGAUUGUCAGAUGCUUUUGAUGGAGGAAAGAGAGAAAAAUGAAGCUCUUUCUAGAGAAGUGGAAAAGUUGCUAAAGUCUCACCAGGAGAGAACAUCUGAUUUAAAUAAUAUGAAGGCUAACUCCAACAACAGCUCAUCUAUAAGAAUGACAAGAAAACGGAAAAGGCAGAAUGAUUUGGAGAAAGAAGCAAGGUUUAUAUCUUUUGAAAAUGACGGUAAUUCUGUGGAGACUUGCAAAGAAACUGCUUCUGGUAAGCUGCUGGAGCGUUGUACCAAGGCUAAUGAUCAAUCAGGCAUUGAUUUACAAGAAAGUGGACAUGAUAACUGGCUCAUUCAUGUCCUUUUUGAGUAUGCACUGGGCAUGAAACUAUCCAUUAUCGAUCAAUCUGGACAAAUGUGCCUUUCUGCGCUGCAUCAAUCAAGUGGUUACUCCUUCAGCAUAUCAUGGAUUAGCAAAUCACCUAGUAAUGAGGACGCAGAGCUGCUGUACCAUGCCAUAUCUCUUGGCACAUUUGAAAGAGUGGCACCAGAAUGGAUGAGGGAGGACAUCAUGUUCAGCCCCAGCAUGUGCCCCAUCUUCUUCGAAAGGGUAUCUCGUGUUACUAAGUUGAACCAUUAAUGUUUUGUAGCAUUGAUUCCAUUGCCCCCUCAUGUGGAUUUGCUGUACAUAUUUCCUGCUUGGAGAGCUAAGAGUUCCUGCAUGUAGAUUUGCAUCUUUCUCUCCAUUUCCAUUUCCUAAUCCAUUUGCUAACUCAAAGACUUUGUAAGGUUUCCCAGAAGAGGUUUUACAGAGCUCGUACAGCUUAGUCUAUCA